AUGGCGGACUUCAUUUUCCCUGCGCUCGUUUUCCGGGACGUCACGUGUUGGAGCUUUGGGCAAAUCCCCCGGCGGCCCCGAAAGGACCGGGCCCGCCUCAGCGGGGGCCUCGGACUCGGGGCGGAAGUCCCGCGGGGCUUGUGGCCGCGGAGGGCCGCGGUCUGCCUGCGAGCAGCGUGCGCGGCCGCACGACUCGCUCCUCCUCAGGGCUGGGAAGGCGGGUACCCGGAGAUCGUCAAGGAGAACAAGCUGUUCGAGCACUAUUACCAGGAGCUCAAGAUCGUGCCCGAGGGCGAGUGGGACCGGUUCAUGGGCGCCCUCCGGGAGCCCCUCCCGGCCACCCUGAGGAUUACUGGGUACAAAAGCCAUGCAAAAGAAAUUCUUCAUUGCCUGAAGAACAAGUAUUUUAAGGAGUUGGAGAACCUGGAAGUGGAUGGUCAGAAAGUUGAAGUUCCACAGCCUCUGAGUUGGUAUCCUGAAGAACUUGCCUGGCACACAAACUUAAGUCGAAAAAUCUUGAGAAAGUCCCCUCAGUUGGAAAGGUUCCAUCAGUUCCUGGUUAGCGAAACUGAAUCUGGAAAUAUCAGCCGUCAGGAAGCUGUGAGCAUGAUCCCGCCGCUGCUGCUGGACGUGCAGCCGCACCACAAGAUCUUAGAUAUGUGCGCAGCACCUGGAUCAAAGACCGCACAGUUAAUUGAGAUGCUGCAUGCCGACAUGAAUGUUCCCUUCCCAGAGGGAUUUGUGAUCGCCAAUGAUGUGGACAACAAGCGCUGCUAUCUGCUCGUUCAUCAAGCCAAGAGGUUGAGCAGCCCCUGCAUCAUGGUUGUGAACCACGAUGCGUCCAGCAUCCCUAGGCUCACAGUCGAUGUGGAAGGAAGGAAGGAGGUCCUCUUCUAUGACCGAAUUUUAUGUGAUGUCCCCUGCAGUGGGGAUGGCACUAUGAGGAAAAACAUCGAUGUCUGGAAGAAGUGGAGCACCUUGAACAGCUUGCAGCUGCAUGGCUUACAGCUGCGGAUCGCGACCCGUGGCGCCGAGCAGCUGGCGGAAGGCGGGCGCAUGGUGUACUCCACGUGCUCCCUCAACCCCGUCGAGGAUGAGGCCGUCAUUGCGUCUCUCCUGGAGAAAAGCGAAGGUGCUCUGGAGCUGGCUGACGUGUCCUCUGAGUUGCCAGGACUGAAGCGAAUGCCUGGACUCACGCAGUGGAAGGUCAUGACGAGAGAGGGGCAGUGGUUUGCAGACUGGGAUGAGGUUCCCCGCAGCAGGCACACCCAAAUCCGGCCCACCAUGUUCCCACCAAAGGACCCUGAAAAGUUACAGGCGAUGCACCUGGAACGCUGCCUUAGGAUAUUACCACACCAUCAGAACACGGGCGGGUUCUUUGUGGCCGUCUUGGUGAAGAAGUCUUCGAUGCCAUGGAAUAAGCGUCAGCCAAAGGUCCAGGGGAAGUCUGCAGGGAGCAGAGAAACCUCGGAGUUGAGCCCCAUGGCACCCAUGGAAGGGACACCCAGUGACCCCCCUGAGCCGGACAGUCAGGCAAACCCAGGGACCGGCGAUGCAGAGAUCACUCAGACAACUGAGAAUUCAGAGACUAACGACAAUAAGAAGGAUGGCGUGUGUGGUCCUCCUCCGUCGAAGAAGAUGAAGUUAUUUGGGUUUAAAGAAGAUCCGUUUGUGUUUAUUCCUGAAGACGACCCGCUGUUCCUGCCUAUUGAGAAGUUCUACGCUCUGGAUCCCUCAUUCCCGAGGCUGAACCUGCUAACUCGAACUACAGAAGGGAAGAAGAGGCAGCUCUAUAUGGUGUCCAAAGAGCUGCGGAAUGUGCUGCUCAACAACAGCGAGAGGAUGAAGGUUAUUAACACAGGGAUCAAAGUCUGGUGUCGAAAUAACAGUGGUGAAGAGUUUGAUUGUGCUUUCCGGUUGGCACAGGAGGGAAUAUAUACGUUGUAUCCCUUUAUUAAUUCAAGAAUUAUUACUAUAUGCAUGGAAGAUGUUAAGAUCCUGUUGACCCAGGAAAAUCCGUUUUUUAGAAAACUCAGCCUGGAAACGUACAGUCAAGCCAAGGACAUGGCAAAGGGGAGUGUUGUGCUGAAGUAUGAACCUGAUUCCGCGAACCCUGAGGCCCUGCAGUGUCCCAUCGUGCUGUGCGGGUGGCGGGGCAAGGCCUCCAUUCGCACCUUCGUGCCCAAGAAUGAGCGGCUGCACUACCUCAGGAUGAUGGGGCUGGAGGUGCCGGGCCAGAAGGAGAAAGAGGGCGCCCCACUUCCCAGUGAGGGUGUGGUGGGCUCUGUGUCACGGGAUGGUGGACUGGAUGAGGAGCUGGCAGAGAAGCCCCACGCAGAAGAGGCUGGUGCUGUGGACACCACUGGGGGCUGCGAGCCACCCCAGGAGGACGCUGGGCGCUGAACUGGCUCUCCUAGGCCCUGGGGUCAGGCCGGAAGUAAGCUCCUCCACUGGGCUGGGAAGUGUUCUUAGUAACUGAGACACAGGGCUGACCUGGUGUCAGUACAGGGGCUCAUCAUUGCUCUGUGGAGCUUAGGAGGAGAAAGUCUUGGUAGCCUCCGGUUGCUCACUUUCCUGUGCUCUCUGGCAGAGCGGGCCUGAGCAGCUGUGACUCACCGCUGAGUCAUCCUGCCCUCCGGAAAGAGCCCUGCCCCUGCAGCGGGCUAGGACACCUUUCAUUAUGCCCACACUGGUCCCAAGGUCCAGUCUUACAAGUUACUAUUCAUGGGCAGAGUCAGCUCCUAGAGCCCGGGGGGCCAGGGGCUGGUGGUGGUGGCGGUGGCAGCCGUGAUCCUGUGCCUUUGUAACAAAGCCAAGGGAACCUUAUGAGGUAGCACUAGGCCGAGGGUUGUACUGGGGGCGGGGGGCGGGGGGGCUGUGAUUUUAUUCAGUGGGUGCUUGGCAGUUUUUAUUUUUAAAAAGGGUUGG